AUGCAGAUCGGAUUGAGGUUCGGUGGAGAAACAUCAUUUCUCCAGGUAGAGGCACUUUCGUCCAUAUCGUUGCUGAGGAAAUCAGUGUGUAGUAUAUUUGGAAUAAACUCAGAUGCGAUUACACUGCUACACAACACAAAUGUACUUGAAGGCUUCAAAACAAUCGCUGCGUGUGGAAUACAGAAUCUUGACAUUGUUCAAGCAUCUCCGAAAGUACUUGGUGGAGGAGGAAACAUGUCUGAAAACGACAAGGCUCUUGCACUACAUCAAAGAGUAACAAGCAAAAUGAUCUGUCGUGGAUGUUAUGCAAGGUGCGCAAUCAAAGCAUCGAUAUGCAGAAAAUGCCAAUGUUCAGAUCUUAGGUGCAAAAAGGAUGCAAAAAACACCACCUCUAAGAAAUAA